UUUCAUUAUAUUAUUCGAGUCUCUAAUAACCUUCUCGUGGUAGAUUUGUUGGAACUGAUGGUGGUGUCGUGGUCAUGUGCGCGCUGUCUAAUUCUGGGUUGCAAUCCUGAUCUUGCCAUCAUCAUCCUCUGUCGUGUCCACGACCAUCCCCAUCAUGAGUCUCCUCAGAAUUCCUAUAAUACAACCUGUUCAUCAAAGAAUGGCCUCGCUCAACGGGAGCUCAUCCAAUUAUCUCCUUCGAACCUUUAAGAAUACGUUUCCUCGCUCUGUGCUUGGGUUCUGU